CGCCCACUCAGGUGUCUGCUGAGAUAGUGCUGACGGCCUUGGCUAUGGCAAUCCCGCUCUUCCCGCCCACUUUCAGCAGCUAGAGCUGAUCUAGCGUCUCAAUGGACCGAAUUAUAAAAGUCCUGUGAGCUGCUCGUCGUGUUCUACUGUGAUUUGUGAUCUCAGCCAUCCCCACCGCCCAUCAUGCAGUUCUCUAUUACCGCCCUCUUCUCCGUCCUCGCCGUCGUCAGCGCCGCUCCUGCUGAGCUUGAGCGCCGUGCUGCUGCUACUUGUGGUAGCACCCACUACUCCGCCGGUGCUGUCGAUUCCGCUUCCCAGGCGUCUUGCCAACAUGUUCAAAACGGCGACACUGCUGGUAGCUCCACCUACCCUCACAAGUACAACAACUACGAGGGCUUCAACUUCAACGGAGUGAGCGGACCUUACUACGAGUUCCCCAUCCUCUCCAGCGGCAAGAUAUACAACGGCGGCAAACCUGGUGCUGACCGCGUCAUCAUCAACGCCAACUGCGAGGAGGCUGGUGUUAUUACUCACCAGGGCGCCAGUGGUAACAACUUUGUUGCCUGCUCCGGUACCAACUAAAUUGUAUAUAUUUGAUACUAUUAUUGUAUAUAUAAAGUUAUCAAUACUUUUGCGGGUCCGACAGGAUAAAUGAUCAUGGUCUAUGUUCACGCCACUAUUCUUCAUUGCUAUCCUCUCUGGUGAAUGGAGCCCACCGAGAUGAAUAUAAAUUUUACUUUUGAAAGCAACUUCCCUUUGUUGAAUAGCCUUUGGAGCUCGGAAUAAACAGCGGACAAUUUUGAAAUAAAUCAUCCACUUGUUCCAAGCUGAUGCCAUUUGUCUCUGGCAAGAAGGCCCAAAAGAAGAUGCCAUUGGUUAUGUUGCAG